GCUUGCAGGCGGGUUCCUCCACCGCCGGAAGUCCCGCCCUCGCUUCCGACGCGAGGCUCCGCCCCGGGAAACUCUGGCUGAGGCGCGAAGGACCCAGGAAACCAUGAGCACCUCCAGGCUGUAUACCCUUGUGCUGGUGCUGCAGCCUCAGCGAGUUCUCCUAGGCAUGAAGAAGAGGGGCUUUGGUGCUGGCCGCUGGAAUGGCUUCGGGGGCAAAGUGCAGGAAGGAGAGACCAUUGAGGAUGGGGCUAAGAGGGAGCUUCAGGAAGAAAGUGGUCUGAGAGUGGAUGCACUACACAAGGUGGGCCACAUCUCAUUUGAGUUUGUGGGUUCCCCCGAGCUGAUGGACGUGCAUAUCUUCUCUACUGACCAUGUGCACGGGACACCCACAGAGAGUGAAGAAAUGCGCCCUCAGUGGUUCCAACUGGACCAGAUCCCCUUUGCUGACAUGUGGCCCGAUGACAGCUACUGGUUCCCACUUCUGCUUCAGAAGAAGAAGUUCUGUGGGCACUUCAAGUUCCAUGAUCAGAGCACCAUCCUUGAUUACUCACUGCGCGAGGUGGACGAAUUCUGACACGAGGUCUGGCUGGUUCUGGCCACUCAGGUUGCUUGCUACGCAGCCACAAGCAGGGGCUGGCAUUUUCUGUUUGCAAGGUGUUGGGAUUGAAAUGUGAAAUGUCACCAAUAAACUAAUAUGUUUGAAUUCUUUAUCCCCA